AUGACGAACUUGCGAUCUCUCCCUGCGCGGGUGCGGAGGGUACCCUUUUCAAGUAUAUCUGGGAGACAGACGAAUGGGUUCUCUACCUCGUCGCGGAGUUACUCCUACGCUGAUACGCUCCCGAACUUGAAGAUCGGGGCCCAUACCAGGGUUCUGUUUCAGGGGUUUACAGGCAGACAGGCCACUGCCAACGUAAAAGAGUCAUUGGCCUGGGGAACGAAGAUUGUCGGAGGCGCCCAAGAAAAAGCGAAACCCGAUGCAUCAGCCAUCUACGUACCAGGGAACCAAACAGCAAAGGCAAUUGAAGAAGCCAUUGAAGCCGAGAUCCCUCUCGUCGUGGCUGUAGCGGAGCAUGUGCCUAUCCAUGAUAUCCUCAGAAUUCACUCCAUGCUUCAGACACAGUCCAAAACAAGGCUUGUCGGGGCCAAUUGCCCCGGUAUCAUCUCUGCAAUUGGGAAGUGUCGGAUAGGAUUCCAGCCGUUGCCGUGCUUUUCUCCUGGUAAGAUCGGUAUCGUUGCGAAAUCGGGAACUUUGAGCUAUGAGACUGUUGCAUCGACUACACGAGCAGGCUUGGGGCAGAGCCUCUGUAUCAGUAUGGGUGGUGACGUCUUGGCUGGGACUAAUUUCGUCGAUGCCCUGAAGAUAUUUGAGAAUGACCCCGAUACGGAGGGCAUCAUUCUCGUGGGCGAGAUUGGUGGAACGGCGGAGAUUGACGCAGCAGAAUGGAUCAAGGAUUAUAACAGAAGAACAGCGAAUCCUAAACCGGUCAUGGCCCUAGUUGGUGGCUUGCACGCCCCUCCAGGACGAGUCAUGGGCCAUGCGGGUGCAUGGACUGCGAUCGGGGAACCAGAUGCAAAUGCGAAGUACCAAGCGCUUGAGCGCGCCGGCGCAGUCAUGGUCAACCACCCGGAGAAGUUCGGCAAAGGAAUGAAGACUUUACUGAAUAGUCGACCACAGGUUCAGAGCACGACGUCUACCAGCGCCCCGAGCCAGAGAAGAAGCCUACACACAAUGAGACGUGUAUCCCUAGAAAAGAGCCAAAGAGUGUCUGCCUCAAGCCAAACCCGGUCCCUCUUCAUCAAGCAGUUCCAGGCCCUGGACAUGUUAAAAGAAAGGUCCAUUUCAGUCAACGAAGCAAAGCCCUCAGAAUCCGACAUCUUUCUAAAUCUCACAGUCGAUAGAACAGCAUUGUCACCUUGUGUUAUAGCUUCAACAGUUGCCGAUUUCGCGCCGUCGCACACUAGCAAAUUUCCUUUCCCCUACGCCAACACAGACUUCAGCAGCGGCAACUCACCACUCAUCACAUCCAUCGCUUCUCACCUUAAGCUCCCUGACACCACACACAGGAAACUAGCAGAACUAGUCCAAGCACUGUGGCAAGUAUUCAAAGAAAAAGAAGCCUAUCUAUUAGAAGUCCGGGUAAACGCAUCCACAGAAGGACUAGAAGUCCGAGGCGCACGUUUCGGCUUCGACGACGCCGCAUUCCGAAGCUCAGGACGUCAGAAAGAAGUCCACAGUCUGCGGAACCCGGCAGAAGAAGUGCACGAAGAAGUUGAAGCAGAGAAAGACGGCAUAGUCUACGUGAAAUUACAGGGAGAGGGCAGCAUCGGAACUCUAGUAAACGGCGCCGGACUCGCAAUGAACACAGUAGAUGCACUCACCAUUCAUGGCGGCCAUUGUGCCAAUUUCCUGGAUACAGGAGGCAAGGCAACGUCCGAGACGGUCAAGUCAUCGUUCCGGAUUAUCACAUCCGACCCACGGGUGAAGGCUAUUUUCGUCAAUAUAUUUGGGGGCCUGACGCGGUGUGAUAUGAUCGCCGAGGGUAUUAUUAUGGCUUUUAGGGAUUUGGAGAUGAGUGUGCCGGUGGUGGUGCGAUUGAGGGGGACUAACGAGGAAGAGGGACAGAAAAUGAUCGCUGAGAGUGGGCUUCCACUUCAUGCCUUUGAUAGCUUUGAAGGGGCUGCGAAGAAGGUGAUCAGCUUAGCGGGGGGGAAGCCAUUGAAUUAG